GCCUACAUGCUGGCGGCGGUGUGGGCGGCUGUCAACGUGUGGCGCGGCCUCUGGACGCUGCUGGACCGCCACUUCCUGCCGGGCAGCGGGCCGCUGGGCCUCUGGCUGUGCCAGGGGGGCGCGCUGGCGCUGCUGAUGGCGCUGCGCUGCUCCAACUCGCUGCUGGUGCGCGGCGUGUGGCGCGACGGCGAAGAAGCGGGCGGCAGCUGCGUCGCCUUCAGCGUGACCCUCAAUAAAUAAAUGCACCAUUAACCGAGCUGGCCUUGCCUGCGCCCCACCGCUCAGUACCCCGAGCGUCUCCUGCGGCAAUGCGCCCAGUCCCCGCUCGUCCACUAUGCGCGGCAGCAGCGCCGCUCCUCGCAAAGGGCGACCGGCGACGCGCGACGCGCUCCUCACCGCCCUCGACUUGCUCUUCUCCGCGCUGGUGGUCUGCCCCUGCGUGGUCGCCUACUGGCGCAGCGUCUGGACGCUGAUGGACCUCUACGUGGCGCCCGCCCGCCCAGUGCUCAGCGCCGCCCUCUCCUGCGGCCUCGGCCUCGUCGGCCACGUGCUCUUCAUCGGCGCCCAGCGCGCCCUGGCGGACCGCUUCACCCCGGGCGGCGGCCGCCUGCGCUUCUACGCGGUCAGCCGCCUCUACACGGUGUGCUACGCGUUUGUGUGCGUCAACGGGUGGCGCGGCCCUUGGGACUUGUUGACGGUGCAGACGCAGCGCGACGCCGGCAGCUUGAUGGUCACGUCCGCUGUGGGGCUGGUGGCGCUGGUCGCUAUGAGGGCGCUGCGCAACGUCGCCUCGCCGCCCUGCGUCAUCGUCAAYGACCUGGCGCAGGGCUACUUCGACGUGCUCACCAUGUUCCGAGUCGCCCCCGUGGGCGGCCGCCUCUGCCUCUUCCUGCUCGACUGCCUGUUCUCCGUGCUGGUGGUGGGCGUGCUGGUGGUGUUCGUGUGGCGCGGCCUCUGGAUGCUGCUGGACCUGCUGCUGUUCCCCGACGAUCCUGCAUCGUCAGCCUGCAGCAGCCUGGUGCUGGGCUACGCCGUCACUGCGCUGGUCUUCCUGCUGCAGCCGCUCGUGCGCAGCGUCUGCGASCGGCUGUCCGGCGCAGGCCGGCUGCUGUUUGCCGAYUCGUUCGUCGUGGUGGCGCUGCUGGGCACCGUUAAUGUGUGGCGCGGCAUCUGGAUGGCGCUCGACCUCUACUUCCUGCCCGACAACCCGCCGCUGAGCUGCUGGUGCGCCAUGAGCGUCUCGCUGCUGCUGCUCAUCCUGCUGGGCUGCGCCAACUCGCUGGUGGUGCGCGGCGUUUUCAUCGACGCGGAGGAACCGGACGGGCGCUGCGUCCUGCUGCCCUGCCACUACUUCCGGCUCAUCCUGCAGGCGAAGCAGCUGCAGAAGGUCGCCCCAGACACCGCGGAGGCCCCGCCCUAGGCCCCGCCUUUGUAGUAGCGUUAGUAGACCGAUAACUGAGUAAAUAAAGCGCAGUUUCUGCCAA